AGCAGCAUAAUGCCUUCAAAAGUAUCAUGUUUAUACUUGCUGACGGUGGUCUGCUGGGCGAGCGCUCUGUGGUACUUGAGUAUUUCUCGCCCAACGUCCACGUACGUCGGCCACAUGGCUGUACCUAGGCGGAGGAUUGUGAAACCUCCCAAAAACAUCACUUUCACCAACAUUCGCACCCGCUCACUCAACCCGCACGCCUUUGAAUUUGUCAUCAACGAGCCCAAGAAGUGCGAAAGUACCACACCUUUCUUGGUAAUCCUCAUCAGCACCACGCACAAGGAGUUCGACGCGCGCCAGGCCAUCCGGGAGACCUGGGGAGAUGAGAACACCUUCAGCGACAUUCGCAUUCUCACCAUUUUUCUCCUGGGCUGGAACACAGACGCAGUGUUGAACCAGAUGGUGGAGCAGGAGAGUCAGAUCUUUCACGAUAUUGUAGUGGAGAAUUUUAUUGAUUCGUACCACAAUCUUACCUUAAAGACCAUGAUGGGCCUGCGGUGGGUGGCAACAUUUUGCCCUAAGGCGCAAUACGUCAUGAAGACGGACAGUGACAUUUACGUCAACAUGGACAAUCUUAUCUACAAGCUUCUAAAGCCCACCACCAAGCCAAGGAGGAGAUAUUUUACUGGCUAUGUGAUAAAUGGUGGUCCCAUCAGAGAUAUGCGCAGCAAGUGGUACAUGCCCAGAGACGUGUAUCCUGAAAGCAAAUACCCGCCUUUCUGCUCGGGCACUGGCUACGUGUUCUCAGCAGACGUAGCUGAGCUAAUCUACAAGACUUCAUUACACACAAGACUGUUACAUUUGGAGGAUGUGUACGUGGGACUGUGUUUGCGUAAGCUGGGCAUACACCCUUAUCAGAACAGUGGUUUUAAUCAUUGGAAAAUGGCUUACAGUCUUUGCAGAUACAGGCGGGUUAUCACCGUCCACCAGAUUUCCCCAGAAGAGAUGCAUCGCAUUUGGAAUGACAUGUCCAGCAAGAAGCACCUCCGAUGUUAG